AUGUCUGACAAUCCACAGGGCCUGACCCAGCAUUUGAUUGAGAAUGUCCGCAUAGGAUUCACCCUCCUGUUCAUUACCGUGGCCUUCGUUACUUGGCAGCUAGCUGUCAUAAUCUAUAACAUCUACUUCCACCCACUACGACACUUCCCUGGACCAAAGCUGUGGAUUGCAUCGUGCUUGGUACGCCAUUACUAUGCUAUCAUCGGCAGCUUCGACGAAAAGAUUCGCGAGUUCCAUCUCCAAUAUGGCGAAGUUGUCCGUUUCUCCCCGCACGAGCUUUCAUUCCGCACCGCAGCUGCGUGGAAAGAUAUCUACGGCCACAAUCGUGUGCAAAUGCCUAAGGGUCUCUUCUACCCGCCGGAUGAGACACCCAAUAUCUCAUUCAGCAACGAUGCAGACCACUCGAGAUAUCGAAAAUCUAUGUCGAAUGCCUUCUCCGAGAAAUGCCUUCGUCAACAAGAAGGUCUAAUGAAGCAGUACAUAGACGAAUUGAUCCACAAAUUGCGCGAUGUGGCGACUUCGCAAACCCCAACGAACAUGGUGAAGUGGUACACUCUGGUAGGCUUCGAUCUGAUUGGAGACCUGGCAUUUGGGAAGUCCUUCGGAGGACUGAGAGAUAUGACUUAUCACGAAUGGGUCGCUAAUAUCUUUCAAUUCGCCAAAGCCGGUGAAGUGAUUAACAUGUGCCGUGACUACCCGUGGCUGCUUCACAUCUUCCGCAUCGUUAUGAAGUUUUCAUCAGACAACGACGCGAGGCAGCGACAAUCGGAUCAUGCCAGGACCGUUUCUCUCGAACGUAUUCACAAUGACGACUUACAUGGCAGAGGGGACUUUAUGGACUCUUUGCUACAGACGGGAAAGAACCAGAAUCUUCUCUCCGAAGACGAGGUCAUCUCAAACGCCGGUAUACUGCUCAUAGCUGGCGCCGAAACUACUUCAACGGCACUUUCCGGGACCACAUUUUGGCUUUUGAAGACUCCAGCCGCCCUGGCAAGGGUCACUCAGGAAGUCCGUUCCACGUUUACAUCUGAAGAGGACAUCAACUUCAUUAGCACUUCCACAAAGCUGCCCUACUUGAACGCCUGCCUCGAGGAAGGACUGCGGCGAUACCCACCAAUAAGUGGCAUUUUGCCUCGCUGGACGCUGAGCCCCACCAACAUAUCGGGAUACAUGGUCCCUCCAAAGUCCCUCGUUGCAGUUCAUCAAUCUGCUGCCAACUGGUCUGAUGCCAACUUUCAUCGCCCAUUGGAUUUCUGUCCUGAGCGCUGGCUCCCAGAGUCUACGCUUAACCCUCAGUCUCCCUUCUACAGCGACAAUCGAGAGGCCAUGCAAGCAUUUUCGGUUGGGCCUCGCAAUUGCAUUGGCCGAAAUCUCGCAUAUAACGAGAUGCGUAUUAUCCUAGCCAGAGUGUUGUGGAAUUUCGACCUCACCCUUAGCCCCGAGUCAAGCUCAUGGGAUAAGCAGAAGGCUUUUGCGUUCUGGGAUAAAGGGCCUCUAAUAGUGAAGCUACAAUUAAGGGACGAAGAGUAG